AUGACCACCACCACCUCUACAUCCCUGGUAGAAACAGUGAACAUCAAUGUGGACGACUUUUCAGAGACAUUCCUAACAUGCUCAACGUGUCUCUAUACUUAUGACGGGAACACCCGAAAACCAAAACUCCUUCCGUGCUCUCACUCGGUUUGUUUGUACUGCGUGACCCAGUUAGCUGAAUUAGCUCCAGAGACAAUUCCACCAACGAUCCGAUGUCCCCUAUGCCGUGAGAUCUGUGCUAUUCCACACGGUGGAGUCAUCGCUUUUCCAGCCGCUUUUUUUAUCAAUCAGUUGUUAGAUGUGAUGCAGAGACAACGAAAAGAUGUGGUCCCAUCGUGCUCCAACCAUCCAUCCGAUCAACUUUUGUAUUGCGAAACGUGUGAUUUGGUGUUCUGUGAGCACUGUCAGUCAUCUGUAAUAAAUAAAAAGUGCGACGAGCAUACUGUAGUCCCUCUAUCCAUUGCCAUCAAACGAAUGUCCGAAAUUGUGGUCUAUCGAGCAAAAGGACGUCUUCGAGCACUAGACGACGCCCACGUGGCAGUGAACAAGGAAAUUGUGCAUUUGGACGGGAAUGUGGAUAAGAUUGUGGAGCAGAUCAAUGCAGCUAUACAGGAAGUAUCGAAUUUGGUCGAGAAUCGACGACGUGUACUCAUUGAGACUGUCCGUGUACGGAGAGAUGAGAAACGGAAGGUGUUGAAAGAUCAAUUGGAAGUGAUUCAGGACGAGAAGAAGAAAUUGCAAAAGGAUCUCGAAUCCUGCAAAAUGGACAUUCGCUCGAUGGCUCGACAACUGAAAGACGGAGCGGCUGACGAUAAUUGGCAACGAAGAAUCAUAGAACCCCGAGAAAAUGCGUUUUUGAGAAUCAAUACAAACUCCGAACAAAUGUUAAUUGAUGUGGAAAAGAAUUUGAAUGAGUUUGGAAAGUUGUAUGCGUCCAACACAUUCCCAGGAACAUCUACAAUUGAAGCGCCAAGCCACAUGGGAGUCCACGUGGAGAAUAUGUGUACCUUGAUAACUCGCGACGUGGACGGAAUCGCACGAAAAACGGGUGGAGAUCCGGUGGAAGUCGAUUUGGAGCUAGUUGCUCUGGAUGCUCAUCUAUCCACCAAUCGGCUAGCAGAUGCAUCCAAGAAACGAGCAGAGGAAGAAGUCAAGAAUAUCAGAGUGACAGAUGAUAAUGAUGGGACUUAUCAAUUGGGUUUCAAACUAACCCAUCCCGGUGACUAUCAAAUCUCAGUGAAAAUCUUUGGCCGCCCAGUUGCCAAUAGUCCCCUCCAGAUUCGAAUCGACAAUUGGCACUGCUAUGAUUGGCAGAUGCCAGUCACAUUUUUGUAUCCAACGAAGUGUUGGUGGGAUGAGCCGAGCAAGCGGAUGUUUGUUCUAGAUUCUGGGAACAAGAGAGUUAGGGUGCUGAAGGAGGACGGAGAUGUGAUAACGGAUCCAGUGCUAAGUUUUCCAGUUCGCGAAACGAAGGGAGCCGAAGUGAAGUGUGUAGCCGUCGGGAUGGAUGAUGACGUCAUCGUGGGGACGACAGAUGAGUUGCUUCUGUAUGAUUCGGCUGGAAGGAUGUUGAGGAAGUUGAAUGUGUCACCACCUGGGACACCAAUGCCCAAGCAUGGCGGCCGCUUCAACGUAACCACAGUAACCUGCGACGUCUCUACCGGCCAAAUCGUUGUCAUCUUCACUGACAAGAUCAUGGAUCGCACAACUAUCGGCGUAGUCAGCUACAAGGGCGACUUCCUGUACUCUAUUGAGCCAGGAGCCCAGGAGAAGUUCCAGGCGCCAUGUGGCAUUUUUGUGCACAAGAACAAGGCGUUUGUGACGGAUUUCGAGAGCAAUACAGUGAGAAGCUACAAGUACAAGUGA